GCAGACCCCGAGCGCGGCCGCGGACGAAGAUGGCGACCGCCAUGUACUUGGAGCACUAUCUGGACAGCAUCGAGAACCUUCCCUGCGAACUUCAGAGGAACUUCCAGCUGAUGCGAGAGCUGGACCAGAGGACGGAAGCUCCGUGCGUGCUUUCUUUCCUCGGAGCCCUCUGUCUUGGAGGCCAUGCUCCUGAUUGUUUCUACACCUACUGCACACUUGUGGAUAAACACAUUCGAAGGCUUGAUGCAGACCUGGCACGCUUCGAAGCUGAUCUGAAGGACAAGAUGGAGGGCAGUGACUUCGAAGGCUCCGGAGGGCGAGGACUAAAAAAAGGCCGGGGUCAGAAAGAGAAAAGAGGGUCCCGGGGCCGAGGCAGGAGGACGUCAGAGGAAGACACACCAAAGAAAAAGAAGCAUAAAGGAGGGUCUGAGUUCACUGACGCCAUCCUGUCCGUGCACCCGUCCGACGUGCUAGACAUGCCCGUGGACCCCAACGAACCCACCUACUGCCUGUGCCACCAGGUCUCCUACGGGGAGAUGAUCGGCUGUGACAAUCCAGACUGUCCAAUUGAGUGGUUUCACUUUGCCUGCGUGGACCUCACCACGAAACCCAAAGGGAAAUGGUUCUGUCCACGGUGUGUCCAGGAAAAGAGGAAGAAGAAGUAGGAGCAGCUGCGUGCCCACGUCCAAGGAGCAAGUUAAUCUAUUCCUUCAUUCGUGUUGCAAUAUUUCCCUUCAUUUUAAAACUACCUUGUUUGGUUGAUAUUUAGUAACUCAACGUCCAGUUGAAAUUCUGGAUGUUUCCUAAAACAGCCCACCAAGCCCUGUUCGCACAGAAGGGUGACCUUGCAGGGACUCGCCGCCAUGACACGAGUGUGGCUUUUACGGGACUUCCCCUGAGCAUCAGCAGGGAGCCUGACCGGCCGUGGACAGGCACGCGUGAGCUCGGGCAGCCAGGCCAGGCAUGCAGGCAGGGGAGAUGCCGUCCCCUGGUCCACACCACCCUGGCAUUGCCUUCCUGUGGUUGUCUAGGACUGUUUGGUACAGCCCGAGCUCCGUGCACCCCACCACCCCUGGAGCACGGCCGCCCGAGACACACAUGUGGGGCCAGUGCUUCGGCGGCCGGGUGCCUCCUCACACUCCACUCCAACUCCACGUGGGAUCUGGCCGCCGGGCGCUCCUGUUUGGGGCACCACUGGCAGGCCCAGGAGGGCUGGGGGCUCUUCCCCAGAGGAAGUGGCCUCCGCUUCACUGUGCCCUGCCUUUUUAGCUUGGACUUCAGUCCUCCUCCCUCGGGGGAUUCACCUCUGGAGUAAACGGCUCUUCAUUAGCUUGGAUUAGCGGUGGGUUCUGUGACCAGCACCCACAAGACACUGCACAACAGCUGGGCUGAUGUUCCGUUUCUCUGGGAAUUCGUGACGUUUUUACUGUGAAGAUGAAAUUAUCGUAAUAGCAUGAAGAUCAUGGGUCUGUGUGUCUGUAAAGUGAGUCCCGCCUGCUGGAGCUGACGAACCACGAAUGUCCCUGCUCGUGCUGUGCGUUCCCAGGCCCGCAGCUCCCGUCCAAGGGGACUCUGAUGUGAAUUUGUUGUGAAUUUAUUGUGCCACAAUAGCAGUUCUGGAAUGAAGCUAGGAAACGUGUG